ACAGGCAUGCAUGUCCGAGUGUGUUUCUUCACCCUUCGCAUUUUCUAUCCGCAAGACAGCGUUCCAGAACCGGGGCCAAGCCCACUGGCAGCAGUCAAAAUGUUUAACAGUCGCAACCCCCGUAGUACGGUAUAUCUCAGGCUAAUCUGAUUGUAACGUUGGCAGAAUGCACAAGGUACACCCAGGUCCCACACGGAUGGACAUUAAUGCGGGGCUUCGCAACACAAUCGCAACUCGCCUUGCAGUGUUUCUAUAUCGGAACAUUCAUUGUUGUGAGCGUUUGGUCUAUAAUAAUGAACUUAUAUAGUGAGUCUUUUCCUUUCCCUUCCCGCUCGUCCUGUCCACCUACUUGAUCUUUAGCCAGUAGGCCACUCCCUUCCUUCCUUUUUUUCGAGUGGGCUUCUGGAAGUCCCGAUUGUAUCUUCAAGCCCACAGAAAUUCUGUCAUUCCUUUCGCCACUCACAUAGCCUCUCCUUAACAUCAUGGCCCUGGACGACGACCUUGUUUACCAUGCAGACAUUUUGAUUUUUGGUAUCAUCCUCAUCUUUACCCUUGCCAGUCUCCCCCGCGCGUAUGCUCGUUUCAGCCGCAGGUCGGAAUGGUCUCAAGGCCACAUUCUUCGUUCAGUAGUACCUCUCCCCUCUACCAGGCCAAAGAUCAACCUCAACCUAUCUCUUUCAUACCCUGUUGACCCUCAGAAGGCGCCCUUUGUGGAUUUUGAUCCCGCAGACUCUUCGACUACCUGCGAGCCAUUACCAUAUCAAAACCGAGUCAGAUUGGCGUUUGUCGUUGAUGAGAAAGCCCUGCCGAUGAUUCCCAACCGUGACCCUACUGCAUCAUCUCUCUUGCACCAUGUGACGUCUUUGUUCCGCCACCGUAUUCACGACAACUAUUCCGUUGGUCAAAUUCUUCUGAUGCUGGCGUACAUCAGUAUUAUAUUCUACGUAUCUUUCUACAAGUCAAAUCCGUUCACGGACCCUCACCGAGCCGGUUUUGUCAUCACUUCUCAAAUUCCUUUUGUAUAUGCAUUAGCCACCAAGAACAACAUCAUUGGUAUGAUGGUGGGUGUUGGAUACGAAAAGUUGAAUUAUCUUCACCGCCUGGUAGGAAGGCUGAUGGUCAUUGGUGCAAAUGUCCACUUCCUCGGUUAUGUCUACAAAUGGAGCCUCGCAGGCACCAUUUCUGAGAAGCUCGCUGAGGAUUAUAUUCGCUGGGGCAUCGUCGCAUUGAUAUGUUUGGACCUCCUGGGAUUCUGCUCGACCGAAUACGUUCGAUCAAAAUCAUACAACCUCUUCAUCGUAUCGCAUGUUGUGAGCCUCAUCAUCUUCUUAUUCGCUGCAUGCUACCAUGAGCCUACCUGUGUUCCCUACGUGAUGGCUGCAUGUGUCUUCUAUAUCCUGGAUCACAUCGUUCGUGCCGUUAAGACCCGUGUCACUAUAGCAAAGUUGCGUCCUCUCCCAGAGCUCGGGAUUACCCGAGUCGAGGUACCAUCGCUUAAUGCAGGCUGGCGUGCAGGGCAACACGUCCGCCUGCGCGUGCUGUCUUCAUCCAUGGGAUGGUGGGGAUGGUCUGAGGUGCAUCCUUUCACCAUCGCGAACGUGACAGAGACGUCAGAAGGAAUGGUUCUUAUGUGUAAGAAGACUGGCCGCUGGACGAGCAGUCUCUUCAACAUGGCUCAAACGGCUACUUAUGGUGAAACCGGCAUGGAAGUCGGCCGUGAUGUGAGAGUGAUGGUCGAGGGUCCCUAUGGCGGUGUAGGACACACCGUGAUGUCGAGCUAUUCUGGGGCGAUGUUUGUUGUUGGUGGGAGCGGUGUCUCCUUCGCGUUGUCAGCAGUGCAGGAUCUGAUCCAGGCUGCCACGGAUGUGAAGGUGAUUGAUAUCAUUUGGUCCAUCCAAGACCCUGCAUCUUUAACCCCUCUCCUCCCCCUCUUCACGUCUAUGAUAGAAAAGAGCCCAUCUACCCGUGUGAACGUACGUGUAUUCUACACCCGUGCGACCGGCACGACAUUCGACGGGAUGUACCUUCCGCCAGGUAUCAGCUUCAUGCCUGGCCGCCCCAAACUUAAUAAGCUGCUCGAUGGAGCGAUAACGGACACGAUGGCAGCCGGAGGUUUUAACGGUGUGUUCGUUGGCGUCUGUGGUCCUGUUGCACUGGCGAAUUCCACGGCACGUGUGGUGAAAGAGUCUGACAUUCGUUUGUGCACGGCUGUUGGUGGAAUUAAGCUCCACGAAGAAACCUUUGGGUGGUAGAUCGGACUCGACUUGUGCAGCCCGUUGACGGGCUACGUACCACCCACCUAUUGUAUUAUUAUGUAUCUUUAUCGACUAGGUAUGAGCAUUAACUACUUAUAGGUAGAUCAAGUUGCAGCUCAAUAUCAUCGGCUGGUCCGCCUUGGAUUUAUGGUGAAUCGAC